AUUGGAGAUGAAACCUUUCAAAAAGAGGCCUCUUUCGUAAAGGGUGAAAUAACGUGGUUUGAUCGCUACACUGUAUUCGAGAGUUCAACGAAAUCUGGGCAUUAUCUGGUACAUGAAAGAACAGCACUACGUAUGGCGAAGUACAUUGAUAAUGUCCGAUUUCAAGAAAAUGCUAGUUUUGCUGUGACGAGAGAUUGCAGACGGACGGUGAUAGGAAAGAAAUAUGACGGUAAGACAAAUAGAGAUAUGUAUGGAAAACCUUGUCAGCGAUGGGACACAAAAACACCAAAUGAUCACGAGGACUUUAACCCAGAUGACUUCCCAGAAGGAAAUAUCACAGCAGCCGGUAACAAGUGUCGAAACCCUACGAAUAUGCC